AUGCAGAUAAACAACUGCUACCUUGAGCUUAAGGAGGAUGUCGUGCAGAAGCUCAUUAACGCGCGACUCGAAGUGGAGGACGUUUCGGAGGAAUGGCUUCAGGCGCAGUUGUUGCUCCGCGGUUUCGGUCGUCCUGGUGAAGAACUUCGUUGGACGAAGCGCGACAUGAUCUCGCGUCUAGUGCAGCUCAUCCCAAUACUAGAGGACAAGUACUACAUUAGCGCCUUGGAGCAUUCCAUCAAAGUCUUCCACAAUUUAGAAGAGAUUUGGGCCAAAGCAUAUCCUAAACACCCAGCUUCGAAAGAGUAUCUAAAGAACAAAACACCACAUAACGCCUCCCGGUGCUGGUGCUUUGCUACGCAGCGAAAGAACCUACUCACUAAAAAAACAUUGCCUGCCACAGUGACAAAACGGCCACGACCGAACGCUACAGAGUUUGGCGAAGCCUCUGACCAUCCUCACAAGAGACAAAGGCUCCCGUCGCCUACUCCUGAGCCGGACAUCGAUAACAAGGAAAGCAUACUAUCCUGGAUCGCGCAAACUUCGGGCGCGCCCCCAACUCCGCCGGAGCACGUGGACCAUCUACCCCGUGAAGUUGCAGGCCCCUUACCUCAACUCUAUAUGAGUCCCCUCUUGGCAAUCAAUGAAGAGCACCGGAGAUUUAAGCUACAUAACUACAUGAGUUAUGUAGCAGGAACCUACAUGAUUUUAUGUCCGUUGCUUCAACUGAGGCAUCCAGAUCUCAUUGGGCAGCUCAGCAUUACAAUCAAAUAUCUGGGUGCUUCUUCGCUUACAUCUGGCAUACUCGAAGCCUACUUCAACUUUGGCAAGUUUACUGGCCCGGCAAUCCUUGGGCUCGACGAUGAUCGCAUCGCUGAGUGGCUUUGGGCUACGGCGACAGAAAGACGGGGCAGACGCGCUCCACCUUCUUAUGAGAACGAUGAAGUCGAAAGACUAUGCGAGGAAGCACUGAACUUGGCUAUGGAGAGAACACCAGAACGCAAACGGGCUAACGUGGAGACUCGACAUCUUAGAGACCUUCCUGCUCUUGAUAUCGAUACUGGCGCGUUACCUCAGCUUCACUUCGACGCUCGGCUUGAUAAUCCGACUGGCGAAUUCUAUGACCCAGGGACGUAUCGCAUUGCUCAAGGAGAUAUCAGAUUUGAAGAGCGUGGCUUGCGUUUCAGCGGAAUGAUCAGGAUACCGGAGAUCACUGAAGGUGACCUAAAGUUCGAAGGCUUGAGGGUCUUCCGCAGAAAUGAAGGUGACCUCCCGCAGAAGUGGAAAGAUGUUCCUACAAUCAUCGCUUCACCGAUCUUGUUCUCUCACCGUCGCGCCAUCAUUAUGCCUGCUGCAACUCAAUCUCUCGAGACCAUGGUUCUCCAAGCCCAUCGCGCCAAAGGCGUACGCUAUCCGACAGCCUCUCAGAAAGAAUGCUUCAAGACCUGGUACUCUUACGCGCUUCGUCAGGGUGAAGUCACGAAGACUUCCCCGAAAGUUAUUGAGGAGCACGGAAAACAUCUCAAAGAGAUCAAGGAAGCGGCGCCAGGUGGGCGAACGUAUCUUUGA